AUGGAUCAGAAAUUCGGGAGUGGCCUAGAUGGUCACUUCUGCAUUUGGGUCUCCUGUGUUGUCUCAGUCAGGACUCAGAUUGCAGAGCUUCAGUCAUGUGAAGGCUUGACCUGGACUGAAAGACCAGAUUCCAAGUUCAAACUGAUUUUGACCAAUCUGGAUAAAGCACUUGCUUCUGGCCUUCAGACGACAGCUAUGGUAGAAUAUCAUCCUGAUAAGAAUGAAGACACUUUUGACCAACUUCUUAUUUCAAUAGGAAAUAAAACAAUAGAGAUCCGUCUAAUUGGGUUGAUUCUAUCCUGUCAACUGGAAAUUGAGUCAGAAGUUAAUUUUGGGACAUUGGUUGCCAAUAGUAAAGUAUAUUGUAAAGAGAUUAAUAUCAUUAACCAUGGCAGAGUACCAGGUAUGUUUAAAACAGAAUACCAGGGCCAGUUACCCAUUGUCACUUUUCCAACCAGUGGUAUUGUGCAACCCAAGUCGUCAAUGGUUAUUAAAGUGGAUUUCUGUGCAGACUGGCCCAUAAUUGUAAAUGAAGUGGCAAAAGUGAGUUUGCGAGAUCGUCCAGACAUAUUCUUGAAUGUCAAAGCUCAUGUUGUUGAGCAGAUUAUUGAAUUGUUAAACAUGAGUAAUGAUAAAAAGUUGGAAGGCAUAAGCUUUGGUCCUGUUUUCUUUGGAAUGUCAAAGAUUGAACAUGCACUUCUAUACAAUAAUAGCCCAGAACCUAUAAAUUGGGUAGCCAUAAUGCAAGAUGAUUCUGUUGGAGAAGAAUUGGGUACAAAUAUUCAACAAAGAACAGAUGUUGCUUUAAAUAAUCUAACCUACUUAAGGAAAAUAAAGAACAUAGAUAUUACCACAUUUAUCUCCUAUGUUCCUAAUGAAGGGAGGUUACAGCCUUAUCAAAAGAUUGUAAUUACAUUUUGUUUCAGCCCAAAGCUAAUCAUUAAUGGUCAAAAGGAUGAUCCUUCACACAGGCAAGACUAUGCUCUCUUUUUGAGAUUUGAGUCUGUAGGAAGUAAAGAUGGAUUUUUGAGAGAUGAUAACAAUAAAACCAUCAAAAGUGAUCGAUUUCAGAAAGUGGAAUUAGCCCUGACAGGCUCAGGACUUCCUGUCUUAUUACAGUUUGAUCCGGGAAGGGUCCUUAAUUUUGCACCUUGUUUCAUGGGUGGACGUUCAGAGAUUCAGUGUAUUAUGCAAAAUCGAUCCAAAUCACGUCCUGUGAUGUACCGCUUUAAAAAAACUGCACAUUUUAAAGUUGAUCCUCAAAAGGGCAAGAUUGAUGAAGGAUGUAUGCAGAAUGUGGCAUGUUUAUUCAUUCCACAUCAAGUUGGAGUCUUUAAAGUGAAGCAAUUUAUAGAGAUUAUUGGCUCAGUGACAGAUGAAAAUUUGCAGUCUUCGUCCCUGAAGCCUUUCCAUCAGAUACGUUUAUAUUUCAGUAGUGUCUGCAAACCUUCCACCAAGAAAGUUGUGAUGAAAAUUAAUCCUGGUAUAUCCCCUUUGAUCAGUAAUCCUGUGGGACAGUUUGUGGUGAAAGACUUGGCAAAAUACAAGGACCAUGUACUUGUCGCAAUGCUUCAAUCAACCACGAACCACAUUCACAAUCAUAACACAAGUAAGGAGUUAAUAAAGGAUGCUCUGAUAGCCUUUCCCAAUGACCGAGCUGCAAGUAUCUGGUCUGGAGAAGAGCAUAAACAUUUCAGGACUAUUUUCACAAAGAUUCCAAGAUAUAACUAUGUGGAUCCUGAUUUUGCAUAUACUAAAUUUGAAAAAAUAGAAAAGAAAGCACAUGAAAAGCAUUAUGCAGGAUACAUUAAAUAUUUAAGAAAUGUGCGCCUGCAGAAAGAAGAACAGAGGAAACACAUGUACUCAUAUAAUGAUACAGACAUAGGAUUACAGCCAGCAUCGGGUCUAAAGUCACCCACAUUCUCAGAAGCGGAAAUAGAAGAGUUAUCUUCAGCACAGCAUUGGAUCCAGUGUAACCAAUUGCUAAGUACCAGAAAUAUAGCAUCCACGGAGACAAAGUCUUUGAGAAGAAAGGUUCUCAAAGGACUUAAAUCAGACCCAUCCUCACCCCAUGAAAAACAUGAUUGCAGCUUAAUCUUGACACCAAAGCAAAUUCAUCAAGUAAUUGUUGGGCUCUCUGUCCUUAACUUUGGUGAUGUUUGUGUGAACUCAACAAAUACUCGUCUAUUACAUGUUAUUAAUAUGCUACCUAUUCAUAUUUUGAUCCAGUUAGAUGUCAAUUUGCAAGAACUUCGGAAGACCAACCAAUUUUCAUAUGUGAUUCCACCUACAGCUAGUACUUCUGUUUCAAUGAUAUUUGAAUCUCCCACCAUUGGAAAAUUUUGGAAGUCUUUCAUGUCAGUGAACAAUAUGCCUGGUGGGCACAUCCUAGUGAUGGCAGUUGUCUUGCCAGUAAAACUUGAGCUAUCUGCUAAUGAGCUAGUACUGAGACCACAAGACUUCUUGGUGAAAACAUGUUUUAGGGGGAUGGUUAGGUUGUAUAAUCAUCAGAAUUAUUUUGUCAAAUUUGAAUGGCAACUGAUAAAUACAGGAAAAGGGAUGGCAUUUUCCAUUUGUCCAGCUAAAGGCACUGUUGAGCCAUACUCCCUAUUGGAAUGUGAAGUGACAUGGCAGCUGGGAUUUGAUUCUCCGGAAAGGGGAGAAUUUAUUCUUCACAUCAAUGAAGGAAACACGCUGACACUGAAAUGUCUUGCACAUCUUGGUCACACCAAGGUCGUUCUUUUAGAGCCAAGGAUACUCUUCAGUGAUAGCCCUCAAGGUUUAACAACUUGGAGAAAAGCCAUUCUUCACAAUGUAGGACCAAACCAUGCUUAUUUCAAGGUUUGUGACCAGAGUCUUUUGUCUGUGAUUGAUGUUGUUCCAUCACAAGGAAUCAUUCCAUUGGGGGGGCUAACUGUUCUCAAUACCUCCUGUACUCCUACUGUAGCAGGAAAAUUUGAUACAGGAGCAAAGAUUGCUAUUCACCGUGCAAAAGACAUAGAUCUUAGGACUGGUGGAUCUAUUGAGAUUGCUGAUGUUGAAAUCAAUCCUGAUGUAUUUAACUUCAGUGGCACCUAUGUUGGCGUUACCCAGAUUAUUCCAUUUUUAGUAAAAAGCAAAGGUAUAACACGUGCCAGAGUAGAGUUUAAUCUGCAAGACUUUGAAGGUUUUUCUAUGGAUUUUAAAGACAAAUCAGGGGAAUUCACAGACACUGCAUUUCCUGACAUAUAUUCCUUGGAGUUAGAGAGAGAGACAUCUCUGGAGUGUGGCCUAGCAUUUUCUCCCAAAGAAGUGGCAACUUACGACUUUAGCAUUCAAGUUCGAAUUAAUUUCUUCGCAGCUUCAGAACUUUACACUCAGUGGUGUUUGUCAGACUCUCCUAUGAUUCCAAAAACAGCACCACUUAUUCGACCAUGUUACGUUCAAGCUACUGUGUUGCAAGCACCAGUGACAUUUUCCAGCACUGAUUUUAUAUUUGAAAUCCCAUUACAUACUAUGGAUCCUAAUAAAAGUGUCACAAAAACUCAGGAUCUUGUUUUACAUAAUACUUCAAAAAAAGAUUUAGAGUGGAAUUUGGAUACUAGUAAUACUGGUAAACUUUUCGAAGAUGGCAUAUUCAAAUUUAGCAUACUCGGUGGGACUCUGCGACCAAUUGAAGAGUGUAAUGUUUCUAUAAAUUUCUGUCCAGAACAGCCUAGAAAAUACACAGCUGAUAUUCCUAUACAUUUAAAUGAUAAUCCAGUUUGCUAUCGAAUGUUAUGUCUGGUUGGAGAGGUAAAAUUACCCAAGUUAUUGUUUGACCCUCCUUUCAUAUUUUUUAAUCCUGUUCCUUUGGAUGUAACAACUGUGAUGGAUGUCAACAUUUUACCUCAAAACUAUUUCAGGGAUUCAAUUUUCAGUGUCCAGAUUUCCCCAACAAGGCUUCUUGAUGGUGACGUGAUUCAACCUCUUUCUGUGAAUUUUCCAAAAGGCAGAGUCGUUAUGUGCUCUCCCAGUGGAAUUAAUGCUGCGCUCACCUGUCAUCUCAGCUUCAAAUCAUCUAAACCUGUGUCAUUUUUCACCAGUGUUCUUUUCUGCCAUAGCAGGGUUAGUUUAUAUUUAUUUGUGAGUAAUCCUUGUGAGCUCUGCCCAAGGUACUGGUUUAGUGCUCAAGGAGCAUGUAUUUCUCAUGUACUGCCAGAAUUUCUGCUUGAACCAGAAGAUUGUAAGAAGUGGAUUGAAAUUACAUCUUCCACUAAUACCUUGCCCAAGUUUUCCAAUAUACCUAAGGAAAAGCAUUCUAUUGUUACAGAUAUUACAAAGUUUGAAACCUGGAGUAAACGGGCAUGGACAGAUGUAUUCCUUCAGACAUACAAGGUUCUGGUACUAUACCGAGUUAUACCACAUAGCAUCAAUAAUCUGCGCCCUGUACAUGGACAAAAUUCACCAAAAGUCAAUCCUUGUUUUGCAUCCAGCAACAUAUAUUCUAAUCCUGAAAGGAUUCUGCUUAGUUUGAUGAACACAAAUUAUGAGAACAGCUGACAUGUUAUUUGGAAAAACUGUCCCAAAGUUUUCUACCCUGCCGAGGCUCCCCCUUUUCCCCCUAAUAAUCUCCUCCCCAGGCACCUUUAUUGGUUAGCCUUACUGCUUAUUGACAGAACAAGAAAGAAUAAACCUUUGUGUUCUUUCAAAGAAGGAAAAGAAUGUUUUCAGGAAUGUGGACUAGCAGAUGAUCAAAGGGGCUGUCAUUAUUCUGUGGCUACUGAUAUCUGUGAUCCCAAUCCAAUCCUGAUGCUCAUGUUUUGUGUCUGCAUGUAUGAAAGACUUCCUGCAUAUCUCCCCAAGAAGGUGGUGCCCUUUCAUUGUACUCUUCAUGACACUGUGUUGAGAGAGAUCCUACUGAAAAAUUCAAGCUUGAAAAACUUAGUGUAUAAUGCUACAAUUAUCGGAAGAGAUGCCACUGACUUCUUCCUCUCCCAAGGGAAGGUUGUGACAGUUUCUCCAAAGUAAAAACCAAAUUACUGUUUGGUUUGAACUCUGAAAUUUACCAGUCGCUUCCUCCAUCCUGCUGAAGCUUCACUGCUAUUAAUUUCAAAACCUAAGAGCGGAGCAGGAGGUACUAUGCUGACUUUUGCUCUCAAGGGUGAAGUCCUCAAUUUUAAAGCCAUCGCAAGUAUAAAAUGCUAAUCUCCGUGUUAUAAAUGGAAAGAAAUCAUUGUGAAUGUUAAAAAUCCCUUCCACGCUGCUGGGAACUUCAGUGUCAUUUUUGUGGAAUCCUCAACAUUUAUCUCUUUGCCAUCCCAAUUAACUGAAGUUGGAGAAUUUGUUGACCACAUGAAUGAUGGCGGUGCUGUGAGUAGCAGUGAACAUGAUGUUGCUGAGGGCUGUUCCCAGGCCCCAGAUGCCUUAAAAACCUUGGUUGGGAGUCCGCCUGCUCACCUGGGAGCGAAAGGGACUUCAAGCCUGGAGGUCUUCUUUCUCCCCUUUGGCAUGCACACCCGCUACUGUGUCAUCAUCCUCAGCGACAAAAAGAUUGGAGAAUUAAUAUAUGCUUUGGAAGGAAGAGGUAUGAUCCCCUUGCCUUCCAGAUUCUUUCCAAUGGAUUCUUCAACUCCGCUUGACCAUAGCAGUUCUCCAGAAGAAGUGCUUAAUAAGGAAGAUCCAGUUCUGUAUUUGAAAUGUAAGCUCCGUCAAAUCCUGGAUGUGGACCUUAAAUUGCCACUGACUAAUGAAGCCAAGGAGAAGGCCUUGGCUUUUGCAGCACAGCAGCAGAUGUCGAAGAUAGAGUAUGAGAGAAGGUUGAUCACGGGCACUCUGGAGAGCAGUAGCAUCCGCUUGGCCAUCACCCUCCUGGGGCUGACCAAGAUCAAGAUUUGUAUGCUCUUUAAUAUCUCAAAGUUGAAGAAGCCAAAGUCCAUUUUAUACAAAACAGAGCUGAGCCUUCCAGAACAUUUUGAUAUCCCCAAGACAAUCUGCAUUCCUUGGAUUCCGGAAACUCAAGCUAAAUUGAUUCAAUAUCAAGGAACUAAAUCUGCAGAAAAAACAGUUACAGAUGGAUCUGUUCCAGUUCCUUUACGAUUUGUUCCUCUCAGUCCUGGACGCUACCCUUGUAAAAUCUUGUUGACAUCAAGGUAUGAUGUGCAUGUCUAUUGCAUUGAAGGUGUGGUAAAUGAAGAAUGUCCAGAGGCCAGAUUUGAUUUUGAAACACCAGCAUUUGAAGCCCUUACCCAGAAUAUUCCAAUAAAUAAUAAAACAAAGAAUGAAUGGAAAUGCCAAGUUACUAUAGAAGGAGAAUGGUUUUAUGGACCUCCUGUUUUACAUGUUGGACCAAGUGAGACUGUGAAUUAUCCUCUCACAUUCAAACCUAUUUUGGAAUGUGAGAUUAUGGGCAAACUUACUCUACAAAAUGAAGUAGAUGGUAUGGAGCAUAUCUAUGACAUAAAAGUGAUUGGAAAAAGACCGCUGGCCUUGGAACACAUCACCGUAGACUGUCAAGUGGGGGAGAUAACAAAUAAACCCAUAAUGAUGCCCAAUUAUACAACAAGCAUCCUAACAUUUAAGGUAAGAUUUUGGUUUGUUUUUUUUUUUUGGUAUGAAAGUGUUUUCAGAAGGAACCCUGAUAAUGCAAUACUCUAUAUUCUACACGUAUGUCCUUGGAAACGUGGUGUGUUCAAAGGUACAAUUUCGUUUUCCGUUAAAAGCAGUAAAAAUGGUGAUUCUCAGGAAGACUCAAAUGAAGAUAAAGAUAGAGAUCUAAUACCCUCCUUUGAGAAGUCAUUAUCGGAACCAUCUGACAAGUUUGAUGAGGAAAAACCAGAUGAUGCUGUUAGCAGUUUACAAAUCUGGUAUUAUCUUGAAAUCCAUAGUGCUCCUGGACCACCCUUAAACACUAUUGAAGUGAAAUGUAUUGCUCUGGAGAGUGUUUGUAUUGAAAUACGUCUCUUUAAUCCAGAAGAGAAAAUUAUUCACUUAAAUGUGCAGUUAUCGAGUGCUGCCGUUAGUGGACUCAAGGAACUUGUACUAUUUCCACUAGAUUCUCUCAACUGUGUUGUACGGUAUUCUCCAGCGACUACAGGCUAUAGAGAACAAAGGUUUGUCACUCAGAUAAUUCCUUUAGAUAAUCCUACACACGAAACCUUAGAAUUGGAAGCAACAAACAGUAAUCCUGAUAAUUUUGUCCUGGAGAUUAACAGAUCACAGCUGAUCACACCACCUCACUCCACCAAAGACAUAUCUGUUCACUUUCGUCCUUCUGCUCUUGGAGGAGCUGGUCAUCAGACUUCUGUCACCUUCCACUGUGCUCAGUUUAAAGAAUGGAUAUUCUACAUCUCUGGAAUAGGACUAUUCCCCCAGCCUCUAGAAAUAGAAAGAAUGACCACAUACCUUCAUCUUCAAUCAUCUGUUCUUAUACCUUUCCAAAAUCCCACCGAAGAAGAUGUUUUAAUCGAUAUCAUACUAAUAGGUCAGGGGAAGCACAAGUGUCUCGUCCUGGCUCCAUACUGGGACAGCUUCCUCGUAGAGACUUCUGCCUUCAAGCUUAGUGGUCUGAGUCACACAAAAGGAAUUGCAUUGCCUCCUAAAGGGACUGUAGAUAUCCAGGUGUUAUUUGUGCCCCAGGUUAUGAAAUUACAAAAAACAAUGGUCAUUGUUCAAAUGAAGAAGGCAAGUGGAGAAAGGUGGCCUGUUGACAAUUUUAAAGAAUUGCACACAGAGGUGAAAAGAGCUUUGGGGAUAGACAGUGAAGAAAUCCCAGGAAUAUGCUGGAUAUACCCUAUUCUUGGAUUCCCACAGGCACCACAUCCUAAAUUCCCCCAAGUUGUCAUAAAAUGUCAGUCCAGGAAGUGGGUAGAAGAGGAGGUGGAAGUCACAUUGGAUGGAGAUUUUUGGGGACAAAAUCCUAUCUUAGAUCUGACAGACUUUGUAGUGAUUCCAAAAAGAAAAUCAUAUGAUUCUUAUGAAGAUAUCAAAGAUAUACCUGUAAAACGUGAAUUUGAAUAUGAAAUUCAAUUUGAAUCUGAAGCUGUGAAGGCUAAUUUGGAAUCCUGCGUGGCUUUAUAUUACAUUAAAAAAUCUUAUAAUAUCAAGGCUGAAAGGGUAACAUUGGUCUUCAGUCUGAUAUUUGCACCAAAGAAACCACUGAGAAAUCCCGAGCCAUUCACAGCAUACUUCCUACCUGGCAGUGAUCCUGAGUUUUUUGUAAAACCUCAGGUUGGAGAACUUCUUCCUUUUGACACUGAAGGAACUCUAAUCGUUGUGGGUUUUAAACCCAAAAUGUACAGCAGGAAAUACAAAGCAACGUUAGCAAUACAGAGUCCUUACAACCCAGGUAAUAAAAAUAUAAAGCCUCUGGAGACUUGCUGCACAUAA